AUGGUAUUUCCCAGUGGUCUUUCCUUUUAUUAUUCAGAGUAUGCUGGCCGAAAAAAAUGCUUGAGCAAAGGAGGGCACUGCAGGAAAAACUGCAGCCAUGGUGAAGUGAAGGAAGCCACGUGUAAAAACCGUGAAGUCUGCUGCAUUCCUGGGAAGAAAGACUUGGGAUCGCAAGUGCCAAUUCUUAAAACAACACCAACUUUCAUGCCCUAUUUUGAGUCAACAAACAUUGAGGAUGUGAGUGAAACAACAAUACCUUUCACUCAAGCCUACUUUGAAUUAAGCACCAAGAAUUAAAAAGAUGACGAUUCCGACCUGGAACUGGGAACUCAGAGCUCUCUCCCAGAGGUCCAUCAAACCACACGAGCUCUUCUCUGCUGUCACUCAUUCCUGUCCUCAUAGUGCUGAACUAAGUCCUAAAGAUUCACAAAGCUCUGAAAGUAUCAUGGUGGCCCAUCCCCAACCCCCAUCAAUGUGUGAUUCUAAAUAAAAUCAGCUGUACUCAGAAGUCCAAAUUUUUCCACUAUUUCCAAUGAUGAACUCUUCAGUGCUUUUCUUGAAAUCUCAAAUUAUUUCCAUGACAAGUUUUAACCCAUUUUUAGUGUCCCUUGUUUGCUAGUGACCUAUGCACAACCAUAUUAACGUAGUUAAGUAUUCCGACAUUGUUCUUUGCAUGUGUCUUUCAGUCUUCUCUAUGAGCGUUGUGGAAUACCAGAGGCAUUUCUGUGUUAGUCUUACCUUUUUAUGGCAGCAUAAGUGGUCAAAAUCAGAAUUCUAAAUCCUUGAAUUAAUGACGAUAGCUACUAGGACACUGCCUUAGUUAUCCUGGACUGCCAUAACAAAAAAAAUACCACCAGUGGGUGGCUGUAAAGAAUAUGAAUUUAUCUUCUGAAGUUCUGG